GUUUGGCAGUUGCAGUCAAUUGUUUUCAACUUGUACCUUGUGGGGACUGGUCAACAGAGCAACAUUUUUCCACAGCCUGUCGGGAACUUCCUCGGAAUACCAACAGCUUCAAGAUCUCUCGGAACGACUUGCAAGUCUCACCAUGACCACUCCGAUGUACCCCACCAAGGCCCCAGAGGUUAACGAAGAUCAAACGGCGAGCAAAAAGUUUUGUGAGACGUUCAAGAACCUGGAACCCUGUCCUAAAGGAACCCUGAGGAUUUUCGAACGCGAGAAGGGUGAAUUUUACACGUGUUACGGUCCAGAUGCCCAAUAUGUGGCAACGCAGUUCUAUCGUACCAACACUGUCCUUCGCUUCAUUGGACCCAAGACGAACGGGGAACCGGGGCUACCAUCGUGUUCAUUGUCCAGGACGGGAGCCAUCACAUUCUUGAGGGAGUGUCUCACCUCUCGGCAAAUGAGAAUUCAGAUUUACCGAUCAGAUCAACCUUCGUCAAAGAGUUCAUCCAGCUGGUCGUUGGCCGUCCAAGCCUCUCCCGGAAACCUCGAGCCAUUAGCCGAUCUCCUGUUUUCAAAUACCGACAUCUUAAGCUCGCCUGUGAUCGCUAGUCUAUGGGUCAAAGGAAAUUCAGGAUCUGCCUCAGGUAGAAUAAUGGGCGUCGCCUUUGCAGAUACCAGUGUUCGGACGCUGGGCUUGAGCGAAUUCCCCGAACAGGAAGACGGUUGGGGGAACACUGAAAGUUUGAUCAUUCAGUUAGGCAUCAAGGAGGCCAUCAUUGCAACCCCAACCUCGACCAAAAACACUAGCGAUUCUAGUCAGAAUACCGAAUACCAACAAUUGAUCGAAGUCUUGGAGAGGUGUGGGGUCGUUGUUACUGAGCGGAAGAGGGCAGAAUUCACUCUUAAGAAUGUCGAACAGGAUAUCAACAGACUCCUCAGCGGUGAUCGGCAGCUAGCUGCACUUCCUCAAUUCGAAAUGAAGACAGCCCUAGCAGCCCUCAAUCCUCUGCUAAAUUAUUUGGCAAUUUUGGAUGACCCAUCUAAUCAUUCGGCCUACAAAUUUAUCACCCAUGACCUUGGCCAAUUCAUGCGCUUGGACGCCUCAGCAGUCCGGGCACUCCACCUGUUUCCAAAUCCAACAAGUAUCGGCGGUGGGGGAAAGAACAUGAGUCUGUUUGGGCUUCUGAAUCGAUGCAAGACCGGGCAAGGAACGAGACUAUUGGGUCGAUGGUUGAAGCAGCCACUCGUCAACCUUCAUGAAAUCGAACAGCGACAAACCUUAGUAGGGAUCAUGUUUCAGGAUGGCUUACUUCGUCAGACUCUACAAGAUGACCAUUUGAAAGCCAUGCCCGACUUGACUCGUAUCUCGAAAAGAUUCAUCCAAGGCGCAGGAUCACUAGAAGACGUGGUUCGGGUGUAUCAGGCUGUUGUCAAGCUCCCUGAAAUUUUGGAGGCGUUGGAUAAAGCUGAUGGCUUUGAAACUGGUAAUAGCGAAGAAGCUAAAGAGCUCUUGAAUGUGAUUUACCGUUUACCGUUCCAGGAAUGCGUCACUAAUCUGGCUCAGUAUGUCGAGAUGGUUGAGACAACGGUUGAUUUGGAUGAAUUGGAGAACCAUCAGUUUAUCAUCAAGCCUGACUUCGAUGACGACUUACGAGAGCUCAAGAACGCCCUUGAUCAAAACCGAGAACAGUUGGAUGAGGAGCAUCUGCGGGUGGCUCAAGAUCUUGGAAUGGGAACUGACAGCAAAGUUCUCCAUUUCGAAAACCAUCAAGUGUACGGUUACGUUUUCCGACUGACUAGAAAGGAAGCCGGAGUCAUUCGAUCAAAAAAGACUUACAUCGAACUGAGUAAUCGGAAUAAUGGGUGCCAUUUCACGACUAAAACCCUCAAGGAGUUGAACAACGAACUCAAAGAUUUGACGCAAAAAUAUCAACGUAAACAAAGCUCAUUGGUCAAGGAAGUCGUUAGCAUUGCCGCAUCCUAUUGCCCUAUACUCGAGAAAUUGAACGAGAUUAUCGCGCACCUCGACUUGAUUGUCAGUUUUGCACAUGUGUCUCUUAACGCACCGAUGACAUAUACAUGCCCGAAAAUGUAUGCUCUAGGUGAAGGGGAUGUUUGCUUGAAGGGGUGUCGACAUCCAUGCCUGGAAGUCCAAGACGACAUCAACUUCAUCCCGAAUGACACCUUGAUGGAGCGGGAGAGGAGUUCUUUCCACAUCAUCACUGGGCCGAACAUGGGAGGCAAGAGUACUUACAUUCGACAGAUAGGCGUGGCUGCGUUGAUGGCCCAAUUGGGCUGCUAUGUGCCGUGUGCGGAGGCUAGCUUGCCGGUCUUUGACUCUAUCCUGGCUCGGGUCGGGGCCGGCGAUAGUCAAACUAAAGGCAUCUCAACCUUCAUGGCUGAAAUGCUCGAGACUGCUGUCAUACUCAAGUCUGCUACCCCUAACUCUCUGAUAAUCAUUGAUGAGCUUGGACGAGGUACAUCGACUUAUGAUGGAUUCGGACUGGCUUGGGCCAUUUCGGAACACAUCGCGGUUGAAAUCAAGGCGUUCACAUUAUUUGCUACUCACUUUCACGAGCUCACAACUUUAGAUAAACAAGUCGAGCAUGUCAAGAAUUACCAUGUGGUAGCCCAUGUCGAAAAGAAAUCCGCUGCUGGGGUCUCUUCCUCAGAUAUCACCCUCUUGUACAAAGUCGAGCCCGGAUUCAGUGAUCAAUCGUUCGGUAUUCACGUCGCUGAGAUGGCCAACUUUCCUGAAGAUGUGCUGAAACUUGCUAGAAGGAAAGCCGAAGAGCUAGAAUAUUUCGGGGAAGAGGAAGUUGAGGAUUCUGAGAAGAAGAAGAAGAAGACGAAAGCGCCGACGCAGGAAGAAGUGGAAGAAGGCACAGGCUUGGUCCGACAGAUGCUCGAGAAAUGGAUCGAUCAAGACCAACGUAUGAAGACUUCUCCCGAUCAGAUGGAUCUCGAUGACGAUCAACUUAAAUUGGACUCUAAGCUCAAGUGUCUUAAAGAGUCUUUCCAGUCUUUCUUGCCCCAAUUAGAACAAAAUCCUUGGAUUCGUGAUAUCUUAAUGAACUCUUAUUAGUUUUUUUUCUUUUCUUUCUUUCUUUGUUUGCUUGUGCUUACUUGAGUAGAGUUUGGUUUCCAAUGUCAGUCUUCCCUCUUUGUAUGAUGAACUGUGUCGUCCUUCUUAUCGCAAUUUUCAGAACCCAUUUAUUUAUUUAAAAAACACUC